AUGACUGAUAGACAUGUACUAAAAAUGGUGAAGUUAACCACCGAACUUAUCGUAAAGCAAGGUCCAGGUCAUAACAAAAGACGUGCUGAUGAAUCUUCUGUGCAUUAUCUAUCUCGUAUCACACAUCUUCAAUUUCCAAGUCGUGGAAUAGACUCUGUUGAUAUCAUUCCGGCUUGUCGACAUUUAACAGUAAUAUACCUUUAUGACAAUGCGCUAACCAAAAUAGAAAAUUUAAAUUUUGCUGAAAAUUUGACACAUCUUUAUUUACAAAACAAUCGCUUACAAAAAUUGGAAAAUUUGGACUUUUGUCCAAAGUUACAAAAAUUAUAUUUAGGUGGUAAUCAACUUCGUGUAUUGGAAGGAUUAGACAAGUGUGUUAAUUUAACAGAACUUUAUGUGGAAAAUCAACAUUUACCUGAGGGAGAAAAACUCGUUUUUGAGCCACGAACUAUACAAGCGUUAGCAAAAAUUUUGCAAGUAUUAAAUGUAAGUGGCAAUAAUUUGGAUAGUUUGGUCGAAUUGAGUGUAUUAGUAUAUCUCGAAGAACUAACAGCAAGUAAUAAUAAUUUACAAAAUCUCCGAGAAUUAGUUCAGUUACUAAGUAUAUGGCCAAAAUUAAAACGUCUUGAUACAAAUCGAAAUCCAAUAUGUUUGAAAGCACGUUAUCGUGAACGUUUAAUUGUUGUUUCAACUACACUUGGUAUGCCAAAUAAUCAAAUUAGAUCAAAAAUAUUUAUUGUCAUAUUAUCGUUCACUUGUUUAGAGGUACUUGAUGGAAAACCAAUAACAGAGAAUUCACGUCGGUUUUUAGUAAACUGGAAAGCAUCUCGUGAAGCACAACAAAAACGUGAGACAACGAUGCCAGAUAUGAAUGAUCUUAGUGGUGAUUUUCAAUCAUCACAUAUAAAUGGAGGAGACUCAAAUGGAAUAAAUGAUUAUCAUAGAAAUAGUUUAAAACCCGACAAUAUUCCACUAGUAAAAAAAGGAUUGUUUCCAAUGGCACUUGUUGAAAAUGCACAAAGAAAAUUAACUGCAACUACGAGAAAUGAAAAAUUUUCGGCAUUAUUUACUAGUGGCACACUACCUUCAUCUGGUACUCAUCAUCCUCCAUUAUCUUCUAAUCGUUUGCAUACAGUAACUUUUGUUGAACCGUCGACAAAAUCGUUACUUAAAUAA